UCAUGUUUUUUUCCGUGUAGCAGAAUAUUUAAGGCGAGCUGCACAUGUUGAGGUAGAAGAACUCGACAGGAUGGGUUCCCUUACGCUGCUUCUGCAACUGCUGAUGUUCACACCUGCAUGUACAUCCAGUCACAUAGGUGCAUCACUGGCUUUCACCCCCAAAGGAAGGAAUUCAAAUGGGCGUUAUGAGGUAGAUUUUCGCUACAAGCCAACUGGAAAUGAUUUCCAUACGUAUUCCCAAGGUUGUACAUAUGGAGAAUGUGGAUAUCCGACCGAGAUCUAUGCUGAAACAACUGCCCGUAAUUCCUAUGGCCUCACCUGGCACCAAACUGAGUUGUUAUUACGAAGAGAGCUCAACACCAACCUCCCCUUUGAUGUAAUGUACCCUGAGUAUGCCAUGUUCUACAAUGAUCCGACUUUCUGGAUCGAAAAUCACAGAGGCUCACGUGUUUCAUGGAGAAUGUUGACACAUGUGGACCUGGGAACUCGAUCUGAUACUGGAGAAUCAAACCGUUCUCCCAUCACUACCAUACUUCCAAUUAUCAGAGUAACACAGAAGUGCCCUCGAACAUUCAACCUCACCGUGUUUGACCCUGAUGGUGACAGCGUGAGAUGCAGACUGGAAACAUAUGCAUAUGGAUUACAUUACCAUGAAACAUGUUCGCUGUGUAACCUUGACUCAGCUUUCACUUUAGAUCAGAAUUCGUGCUCCCUUACAUACAGAUACAGUACUAUCAGUGGAUACCAUCCAAUUGAGCUUGUGGUGGAAGACUUUCCCAACAAUGAUAUCACACUGUUCUACUCUGAUGGCUCUUACACAAGAAAAACACCCCUUUCAGUUAGCAGAAGUAAACGUCAAGUUGUAGAUCCAUCUUUGAACACCACAGCUGGACCAGUCAAUGCAACAGCUCCUCCAACCACGACCACAGCUAGACCAGUAAAUGCAACAGCUCCUCCAACCACCACCACAGCUGGACCAGUCAAUGCAACAGCUCCUCCAACCACCACCGCAGCUAGACCAGUAAAUGCAACAGCUCCUCCAACCACCACCAGAGCUGGACCAGUCAAUGCAACAGCUCCUCCAACCACCACCACAGCUAGACCAGUAAAUGCAACAGCUCCUCCAACCACCACCGCAGCUGGACCAGUCAAUGCAACAGCUCCUCCAACCACCACCACAGCUGGACCAGUCAAUGCAACUGCUCCUCCAACCACCACCACAGCUAGACCAGUCAAUGCAACAGCUCCUCCAACCACCACCGCAGCUAGACCAGUCAAUGCAACAGCUCCUCCAACCACCACCGCAGCUAGACCAGUCAAUGCAACAGCUCCUCCAACCACCACCGCAGCUAGACCAGUCAAUGCAACAGCUCCUCCAACCACCACCACAGCUAGACCAGUCAAUGCAACAGCUCCUCCAACCACCACCACAGCUAGACCAGUCAAUGCAACAGCUCCUCCAACCACCACCGCAGCUAGACCAGUCAAUGCAACAGCUCCUCCAACCACCACCGCAGCUAGACCAGUCAAUGCAACAGCUCCUCCAACCACCACCGCAGCAAGACCAGUCAAUGCAACAGCUCCUCCAACCACCACCGCAGCUAGACCAGUCAAUGCAACAGCUCCUCCAACCACCACCACAGCUGGACCAGUCAAUGCAACAGCUCCUCCAACCACCACCACAACAGCUGGACCAGUUAUUACAACAGAUCCCCUAUCAACCCCCACACCUGGACCAUUGACUACCACACCAUAUUACAGGGCAUCAGCACCUCGUUUGAGCAGGAUUCCUUUGGAUUUUACUGUUUUUGUGGACUCCCAUGACAUCCCUUCAUGUCUGGAUGGCGAUUAUUUUCCCCUUUUCUUGUCACCAACUCCAGCGCAUGGUGCACACCUUCCUGCAUUUGUCAACCAUAGCCUUGAAAUCAAAGUCAGAUCUACAACCCAAUAUACAGAGAUAAUUGACCUGAUAGUGACGGGACCACGAGGCUUUUCAAAGCAGAAAGUCUCCACAGACUCAUACCUGAUUACAUGGACACCAACUGAAAUUGAACUUAAUGAACAUCUCCCUUUUUGCUUCGUGUCUGAAGCAAAAGAUGGACAAAACCGAGUCUUCCAUUCAGAGCUGCGCUGUGUCAUGGUUGAUGUUGAGCAACAUGAGGCCACUGUGACCUGCAAUGAAACAACUGUAACCGUUGAAGUGAAGAAGACCCCCCAUAUCAAACUCAACGAAAACAAACUGCACCUGAACGAGUUCACAGAUUCUUCCUGUGACCUGAAAAGACUCUCCAACGCAACCCACCUGGUAGCUGUGAUGUCACUCAAUGCCUGUGGGACUUAUGUUGAGGAGGACGAUGAUAACAUCGUCUAUAGGAAUGCGAUCACAUCUGCGGACCUAAAUGAAGUCAUUUCCAGACGACAUCAUGAAGAGAUCUCCUUUUCCUGCGUCUAUCCGAAGCGAACCAGCCUGACUCUGGGAUUCACACACAAAGACCCGUACAGCUUCAGAGAGAGAGGCUUUGGUGUGUUCACCUUCCAGUUUGAGUUCUUUGAGACUCAGAAUUUCAGCAGACGAGUGAACCCCAGCAGCUACCCAGUGCAGGUUUACAUCAAGCAGAUGAUCUUCAUGCAGAUCGAGGCGACUUCGUCCAUCCCCAACACCGAGCUCUUUGUGGAGGCCUGCAAGGCAACUCCCUACGACAACCCUAACUCCCACAUCAGCUACACCAUCAUGGAAAAUGGGUGUGUGAAGGACAAAACUGUGCAAAUCUACUCCAGGUCCAGGUCUCAGUUCAGAUUUGGUAUGGAGGCUUUCGAGUUCAUCGGAGCACAAGAUGAGGUCUACAUCACCUGCUCAGUCAUCCUGUGUGAGAGUGAUGUUCCUGGAACCCGGUGCUCCCAGGGAUGCCUCGGGUCCAACUCUGAGAACCAUCGCGGCAAAAGAGAAGCUGCAUCUCAGACCAGCAGUCACUUCAUUUCCCAGGGGCCUUUGCACCUGGUUAAGACUUCUGAGAAGACAGCAUCCGGUCUGAGCCUGAAUCUGGGCGCAAACCUUGUCUUUAUUGCCGGCUGCCUCCUGGCAUGUGGAGUGGUCAUCUACCGAUCGAGGAGGACCAGAACUGGAUACCAGCCCCUGCCAACCUUUGACACAUAAGAUGCUUUCAUCAGCUUGGAUCAGGAUGUAGUGGACAGAGUUUAUAUUUCUCUUUUUCAUGGAAGCUGGAAAAAUUUUCCCUGAAGCAAUCAUAUUGUUUUAAAGUAAUUCUUUUCUGAUAAAAGGUGUAUUUUUCUAUUUUAAGAAUCUACUAAUGAUGAGAAAUCUGGAUAGUGCAAAGUUAUAGAGGGAAAGGGAGCACUGCAAUGUGCCAGUACGCUUUACGAUUGAUUUAAAGAAAUAAAUAAAAUCGUAGAAAGCACUCUGUGGUCCUUCACCCCUGCAUGCACCUUGCAAUCCUUGGUUAGAGGUCUUUUAUCUGUUCUGGUUAAGCUGUAAAAAAAGGGGGCGGAGCUUUUCACCUCAACAUUCUGGAACAACAUGCAGGUGGAAAUAAAAUCAGCUGACUCAGGGUCAUCUUUUUAUUGGGGUUGUUUUUUUAUUAAAAUGCAGUUACAAUGACUUUGAUUUGUAUUUGUACUAUUCCUGUUGCUGAUUAUGGUUUAAUUUGUUGUGUUGAUUUAAGCAUUUUGCUGCAUUUGUUUUGAAAAGUGCUUUAUAAAGUUUAUGAUGUAUUCCUAAA